GUUUUAGGAGUUGGCCUACUUUCUAACCCCGAUAAAUUAUGGAUGAUGAUUGGGCACCGUUGCUGAACAAAGAUUGUAUGCUGUUCUCACCUAGCGGUGUCUCACUUGAAGAUGAUUUCCAUUUGACGAGUCUCGACUAUAAUAUGUGUGAAAGAAUGAUCAAAACUGAACCACAGGAGGAAACCAGUGACUAUCACGGAUCAUCAUCCGGAAGCCCAUCAUCUUCACUAUCGAGCCCCGAUAUGAAAGACAACCUUGGAGUUGAUCUGUCCUUCUGCAUCCCGUUCAGCAGCAAUAUGCAUCCAUUCCUGAACAGUCCAACCAGUAGCAACGGGAGCCCUUUUGGGCAAAUGUUCCCUUCGGGGACCAUCACGCAACAGCACAGCCCUCUACCGCCAGUGAGCCAUUUUUCCCAACAGAUGGCCAUACACCAGCAAGGCCAACAAAAUGGUCAUCAGAUGUUGGUAUCAACCCUGCACCAGCCAAACUCUCCUCUUUCCACGCUAAACGCUGUUGCUACACAUGAGACUCUCACAUUUUUCGACACCAUGGAUGAUCGUACUCCCUCGCCACCCACUUCCGAUCGUAGUUCCCCAGCUAAUGGAGUGAUGAGUGGAAAUUUAGUAUACGAUGGGACUACUGGAAUGUCAUUUUCGAGUAAUACUAGCUCCAUCAAUGGUUUGGCUGUAGCACAACAGCAGCUAAAAUCACGAAGCAAAAUGCAUGAAAUGGCUGUACGUCAGAGGCUUAUCACUGAUCAGGAUCCGCGCAGUCAGGGACCCGUGCAGCUCACACCCGAAGAGAAAAGAACUCUUGUUCAAGAAGGUUACCCGAUACCCACUCGUCUUCCAUUGUCAAAAGCGGAAGAAGAGUCGCUGAAGAUUGUGAGAAGAAAGAUCAAAAAUAAGCUUUCCGCCCAAGAGUCACGUCGUAAACGGAAAGAGUACAUGGAUACGCUUGAAUCUCGAUGUCAGGCUUAUUUCAACGAAAAUACACAUCUUAAAAAUCGCGUUAGACAGCUAGAAAUGUCAAACCAGAAGCUAGUGAUGCAAGUCAAGAAACUUCAAGACAUGAUGGGCACUACUCCUUCCCACUCUGACAUUCCUGCGAAUAAUUAGUUCAUUUCGAUCGCAAGUCCGACCAUCUUCUAUCUCCUUCAAAUUGUUUUCUUCCAUGAGAGGCGGUUGAACAUACAGUCGGUUUGGUGAUAGUGUCCAUCGCUUGGCCCAACUGUGUGCUUCGGUCAUCUCUCUGACCCAGGUCUGCUUGAUAAAAUGCGUGUAUUAGUCGUUACUUUCGUGUCAUCCUACGGAAGAGGGACGUCGUUCAGCCGUUACAUAACUUUAAGGCAUCCUUGUGAUCUCUCUAAACGGCUGGAUAUUGAAAGAACGGCACUUUUCUUUGUUUUUUCAACACAUUCUCAUGUUUUUUUUUCGUGUGUUAAUAUUAGCGAAAUUAUGUGCUCUAAGCAUAAUAUCAAGAUUAUUGUUUGAAAGAUAUUAUAUCUAUAUCACAGUUCUAAUCAAUCUCUAUGAGUGUUGAUGUAUGAUUAUGAUUGUGCAAUUGCUGUUGUCCCUGUGAUACAUUUGGGCACUUUAUAUGCGUUGCUUCAAGAAGAGUGCUCUUAAUACAAAGAUGAUGUGAUAAAUUUAGUUUUUAGUAACUAUAAUAGGAAGAAUUGAUUUUUUAAUAGUUUUGAAAAUGUCACCAUCUCUGAGCAGCUUUGCGAGUGUUGUUAUGCCUUUGGUAAAAUGACAGUACUUUUAAUUCUAUAGUAAAAUAUAAGAUUUGUGUUUGUUUUUGUUGUAUACUGAUU